UGUUUAUGGCCACAGGAGGGAGCUCAAAUCCAGACAUGGGAGGAUUGGCUUGAUUUCGGAUCCAGAGCCUCUUAAACUCUCACUUUUCCUCUAAGCUGGUCCCUGUUAUGUCCAGGAUCUGGCGCCUGCUUGACAUUUACUUUGAGUUCCAGAGGACCAGAGACCUAGGAUGAGGAGCAUUGGAUCUGCCCUGAACCUGCUUUUGGUAUCGCCACUCUACUUUGUGUGGACCGUGGUCGCUCUGGACCUGGCACAAACUCCCUGCACCACUUUGGUCCAGGGGAAAUUCUUUGGGUAUUUCUCCUCCUUUGCUGUCUUCCCAUUGAACUCCUCUCUCUGCUCUUGGAUUAUCCAGAACCCUGACCCUCGGAGGUACACCUUGUACAUGAAGAUCUUAAAACCUACCGGCGUAUGUGACCACCAGCACAUCCGCACCUACCAGUUUGAUUCCUUCCUGGAGUCCACUCGCACCUACCUGGGCAUGGAGAGCUUCGAUGAUGUGUUAAAGCUCUGUGAUGGGUCCACCCGCUAUGCCUUCCUCCAGUCCAACAAGCAGUUCCUCCAGAUGAAGCAGACGGCGCCACCAGAGGUGGAGAGCUGGCCCGUGCGGUGGAAACCCACAAAGGCUCAGGAGAGGGACUUCUCGGUGGAGUACCUCGUGGUGGGCAAUAGGAACCCUAGCAAAGCUGCUUGCCAGAUGCUCUGCAAGUGGCUGGACGCGUGCUUGGCCAUCAGCAGCAGCUCCCACCCAUGCGGCAUUAUGCAGACCCCGUGCUCUUGCUCAGGAGGGGAGGUCCUAGAUCAGGCCAGCGAGAUCCUGGGGCUCACAAGGAAGAAGGAAGACUGCUAUAAGGAUGGGAUUUACUUGGAGAACUGCAUGAGCAGCCCCAAGGACAGCAGCGGAGCGGAGUUCCUGGGUGGUUGGAACCCGUGGUCGGCUUGGGGUGACUGCACCAAGGACUGCGGGGGAGGCCUGCAGACCCGCAUGCGCACCUGCAAGCCCCUUCCCAAUGAAGGUCUUGUCUGCGAGGGAGUCCUGGAGGAAGGACGGCUGUGCAAUAGGAAGGCGUGCAAUACCAAUGGACGCUAUAAUUCCAGAAGCCAAUCGCUGAGGUCCACAGAUAACAGAAAGCGAGAGGACACUGACGAACUGCAGCACUACGGGUACCCCGCACCUCAAAUAGGUGACCCCGCGGCAGAGGAGUGGUCUCCAUGGAGCGUGUGUUCAACCACCUGCGGGGAGGGCUGGCAGACCAGGACGAGGUUCUGCGUGUCGUCUUCCUACAGUACUCAGUGCAGUGGCCCUCUCCGGGAGCAGAGACAGUGCAACAACUCUGCCGUGUGCCCAGUGCAUGGCACCUGGGAUGAGUGGUCUCCAUGGAGCUUGUGCUCUUCCACAUGUGGGAGAGGGUACAGGGAUAGGACCCGCACAUGCAAGCCCCCACAAUUUGGUGGGAAUCCUUGCGAAGGCCCAGAGAAGCAAACAAAGUUCUGCAACAUUGCGCUUUGCCCAGUGGACGGCAACUGGAAUGAGUGGUCGAGCUGGAGCUCUUGCUCCGCUUCCUGCUCCAACGGCACCCAGCAGAGGACAAGGGAGUGCAAUGGACCCUCCUACGGGGGAGCCGAAUGCCAGGGACACUGGGUGGAGACCAGGGACUGCUUCCUACGCCAAUGUCCAGUGGAUGGGAAGUGGCAGGCCUGGGGAGUGUGGGGCAGCUGCACUGCCACCUGUGGAGGUGGGACUCAGAGACGUGACCGUGUGUGCUAUGGGCCCUUCUUUGGUGGAGAGACUUGCCAGGGUCCCAAAGAAGAGUAUAAGCAGUGCAAUGACAGAAAGUGUCCUGAGCCCCAUGAAAUCUGUGAUGAGGAAAGUCUUGGCUCUGUGGUUUGGAAAGAGACGCCUGCAGGGGAUGCUGCAGCUGUCCGAUGUCCUCGCAAUGCCACCGGGCUGAUCCUUCGAAGAUGCAUUUUAGAUGAAGAAGGGAUAGCUUAUUGGGAGCCUCCAACAUACAUCAAGUGUGUUUCUAUUGAUUACAGGAACAUACAGAUGAUGACCAGGGAACAUCUCUCCAAAGCUCAGCGUGGGUUGAUGGGAGACGGGCUGUCGGAAGUGCUCCAUAACCUUGUGGAAAUCUCCCAGGACGGGACCAGCUACAGUGGGGACUUGCUGUCCACCAUCGACGUACUCAGGAACAUGACAGAGAUCUUCCGUAGGGCUUACCAUAGCCCAACUUCUGGGGAUGUGCAGAACUUUGUCCAGAUCAUCAGCAAUCUUUUAUCGGAGGAAAACCGGGAAAAAUGGGAGGAAGCACAGCUGAUAGGGCCAAACGCCAAGGAGUUGUUCAGGCUUGUGGAGGAUUUCAUUGAUGUCAUCGGCUUCCGCAUGAAAGAUUUCCGGGAUUCCUACCAAGUGACGGACAAUCUGGUCCUCGGCAUUCACAAACUACCUGCUAAUGCAGCAACAGACAUCACCUUUCCCAUGAAAGGCUGGAGGGGCAUGGUGGACUGGGCCAAGAACUCGGAGGACAAGGUCACCGUCUCCAAGAGCAUCCUGUCUUCGGGGCUGACAGAGUCGGACGACUCCUCCGUCUUCGUGGUGGGGACCGUGCUGUACCGGAACGUGGGCAACAUCCUCUCCCUCCAGAGGAACAGCACUGUUCUGAACUCCAGAGUCAUCUCCGUGACUGUGAAGCCAUUUCCCCGGUCUCUCCUCACCCCCUUGGAAAUUGAAUUCUCCCACCUGUACAACGGAACCACCAACCAGACUUGCAUCCUGUGGGACGAAACUGAAGGGUGA